AUGGCUCUUGAGUUCCAGGAAGUUACUCAACAUAUGUCUGCAACAUACUGUGUCAACAGGCAAGAUGAUUGGGCCAAGAUGGUACAGUCAAGUAUCGUGCCCAUAUACGAUCUACCAGCUGAAGAAGCUAUCCAUCACCAUGCUUGUGAUAAGAAUUUUCGGAGAGGGACAAGUAUUGAACAUGAGGAGGCUCCACCAAAGAAUCGGAGACUUGGUGGACUGAAGUGUGGAAACCAUGCAGAAAUCGAGCAGGCUGGUAAUCAGGCGCUUGCAAUCCUCUACGGCUGUAUGCCUGGCUUGGAUUUGAAUUCUGAACGUGCGACAAAAUUCACUGAGAAGCAUCAGCAUAAUCAUCCAACAACACCCGACUCAACCCAAACCCAUCCAUCCCCUCUCGACUCAACCCCACCCAAUCCAACCCCUCUCGACACAACCCCACCCCAUCGAACCCCUCUCGACUCAACCCCACCCCAUCCAUCCCCUCUCGACUCAACCCCACCCCAUCCAACCCCUCUCGACACAACCCCACCCCAUCCAACACAACCCGACUCAACCCCACCCCAUCCAACACAACCCGACUCAACCACACCCAAUCCAACCCCUCUCGACACAACCCCACCCCAUCCAACCCCUCUCGACACAACCCCACCCCAUCCAUCCCCUCUCGACUCAACCCCACCCCAUCCAACCCCUCUCGACACAACCCCACCCCAUCCAACACAACCCGACUCAACCCCACCCCAUCCAACACAACCCGACUCAACCACACCCAACACCAGCCGGCACAAGCCCACCGAACACCCCUCCACCUCACCCACCACCAGUCCAUCCGACACAGCCAAGCGGCACCACCCUAUCCAAGACCACCGCCACACAGCACACCACUCUACCUCGAUACUAUUUCACCUUAGCCCAACAAAUCCCACUCGACCCCACCCCACCUUUCAGAGACAUGACCGACACACAUCCGAACGUCAGAGCGCAGUCUACCACACAACACCAGCAACGCGAACUCUUGAAACCUCUCAGCUCUACAAAAAACAGGUGUAUGACAUCUGA